AUGACGCUGACGCCACGAGCGCGCAAGCUGUAUAUGGACGCAUGGGGCGACGCCGCUGCCGCGGAGGCCGCCGGCGGCGGGCGGCCGCUGGAGCCGAGCGCCAGCGACGCGUCGCAGCUCGGCGCGGACGGUGCUGUGAUCGUGCGGCUGCCGUUCGCGGCGCGAGAGGGCGCCGCCGCGCGGCCGGCCGGCGGCGGGGCGGCGGCGGGCUCGGAGGCUGCCCUCGGCUGCGCAGUUGAUCGUGCUGUCGGCGGCGUCAGACAGGCGGCGUCGGCUGCCAGUGGCGACAGGCUUCAAGGUUUGGACAUACCAGUUGUCUUCAAUCCGGCCACGUCUGGAGAGCCAGUGCCUGCACCGUCUGGUCGGGGCAGCGCGGGUGCUGGCGCGGUGGGUGCCGCGGGCCCAGCCCUGGCGGGCGUGUGGCGGCGCCUGUCCGGGGGCGACGCCGCCUUCCUGCGCGGGGAGUGGGAGGCGUGCGAGGCGGCCUACCGCGCGCUGCUGCCGUUCAGCUAUGGGCACCUCGUAUCGGUGCUGCUGCAUCAACAAAGGCCCCAGGAUGCUCUUCAACUGCUGAGAGAGGCCAUUGCCGGCUGCCUGGGCGCCGAGCCGCACGGGGCGAGCCAGGGGCCCGAAGGCAGCGGCGCCACCAGCUGCGGCGGCCCUGAGCGCGCGCUGUGGCGCGUGCUGGCGGCGGCCAUUGGGCAGCUGGGUUGCGCUGCCUCCCAGCUGAUAGCGGCUGCGGCUUCGGCGGCGGCAGAGGGCGAGGCGCAAGCUGGCGUGGCAGCAGAGGCGGCGGCCGCCCGGCAAAGCGCGCUAUUCCCCACACCUCUCUACUGGACGGCGCAGCUAGCCAGCCUUGCGGAGUCCCAGGGGCAGCCGGCGGAUGAGCAACCCACACAGUGGCGCGCCGGCCACCUCAUGCGACUCAGCGUCGGCCCCCUGAUCGCAGCCUUUGCGGCGGCAGCGGACGCACGGGACCGCGCGCCCUCGGACAGCCCAGCACGGGAGGCCGCCGCCUUGGGCGGUCUUGGACCCAGGGCGGCGGGGCUGGCGCUGGUGUCCGCGGCCCUCUCGCGGCCGCCGUGCAGGCCACAGGCGCUGCUGCAGGCGCUGGCCCCGCAGGUCACCGCCCUGCUGUCGCUGGCCGGUGGCCCCGCCGACGACGGUGGCGAGGACGGCGGCGAUGGCACCGGGGGGUGGCUGCGCGGCGCGGUGCUGGCGUGCGAGGCGGAGGUGGCGGCGAGGAGCCUUGGGCUGGGAGCCAACGUCGUGGGAGCAUUUGCGCAGCAGAGCUGGGAUGUCUUGUGGGGUCGGAUUGAGGAGCAGGAGGGGGCGCCACUCCCAGUGCUCGCGCGGGGGGUGGCAGCCGCGGUGGCAGCGGGGCGACGGCUGUGGAGCAAACAGGGCGACGAGCGGCCGAAGAAGCUUGAGCAGCAGGCCCAGGCGCUGCUGUGGAGGGCGGCGUGCCUCAGGCUGCGCGCCGCCCCGCUCGUGCCGGACGGCGGCGCCGCCGGCGAGGCGGCGCGCGGGCUGCGCGGCACCCUCGCACGGAUGCUCGUGCGUGUGCUGGUCGCCACAGCAGCGGGCGACGCGUUCGGAAGCAGGAACGGGGCUGGUGGCGGCGCGAUCGGGGCUGGCGGCUGCGGCAGCUCUGUGCGCGGAUUGCUGCGGAGGGAUGAGGUGCGGUACUUGACCCAGCUGCUGCUGUGGAGCCGCCCGAGGAUGCGGGACGCUGAUGACGUCAUAUCGGAGGUGUUGAAGCGUCAGGAGAGCAGAGUAGUGCAGGGCGGCGCGUCGGCCGUGGGCGCGGCCCUGCAGCUGCUGCAGGCCGGCGGCGUCCUCGAGGCAGCGGAGGCACAGGAGGCGCUCCUGGCGGUGCGGGAGCGGCCGGCGGCCCUCCAGCGCGGUUGCUCCGACGCCGCGGCGGCUAACCCCGUCGGGGCCGUGGGCGACCUGCAGGCGCAGAUGGAGGAUGCCGCACUGCAGGUUGAUAUUUUCAGCAUCGCACUGGCAAUGAUGCAAAUUUUGCAGGACGGCAGCAUUGCAGACGGGCAGGGGAAGCCUGCGGCACUGCAGGGCCAGUGGCAGGCUGCAGUAGCGGCCGCCGGCGCGGUCGGAGCCACAGAGCGCGCGCUGCCGCCGUGGGACGAGGAGGGAGAGGAGGACGGAGGCGAGCGGACUGGGCACAACGCUGGGGAGGCGGACGCACUGCCGCGGCUCGUGGCAAUUGCAUGGUUGCUUCAUGCCCGCCAAGGCCUGGCGGCAGCCGCGGCCGCGGGGGCAGGGCCGUUGGACGGCGUCGGCGCGGCGCCCUGCGCGUUCGCCGCCGCGCUCCUGGCCGCCGACGGUGUGCACGCGCCACAGCAGGUGCAGAACGGGGUGCUCGCGGCCCUCGCCAGCUGCCAGGCCUCUGCUGCUGAGCUGCGGCGCGUCGAGCUGCAGAUGGCGUUGCUGCCUGGCGGGGCACUUCCGAGGCCUGCGGCGACCAUGUGUCGCCUGCUGCAGCAGGCGGCGGCGGGCGAGCUGGGACAAGGCGAGGGCGUGCACGAGAGCACCCAGGACGAGCCGCUCGACGGCGGCGGCGCGCCGCCGCCGCAUGAGCAGCUGCGCCGCAGCUUCUUGCGCCGUUUGGAAGGCGUCUUUGCAGAAAGGGCUGCUGCUUCGAAGGGGCUUGGGCCGAUUGUUGAGGCGGCGCUCGCGGCGAUGGGCAUUGGAUGUGACUAUGUGGGGCACUUGAGGUGCUCGCUCCCCACGAUUGAAGCAUGCUUCACCCACCCGCUGCUGCGGACGAUAGCGCCCCUGGCGAGCAGGCGGCGCCCGGGCCUGCGGCCCUCGCAGCGCAUGAUUGGGAGCGGCGCAAGGCAGCAGCUGUUCUGA